AUGGACCUGACCGCGGACGAGACGCUCGGGAGCUUCCUCCUCCCCGUGCUGCAGGACGAGGCCGACGCGCGCAUGACGACCGACGACGUCCUCGACGACGCGGCGACGCCGGACCUGGCCUACUUCCACGACGAGGCCCGCGCGCUCCACGCCGACUUUGAGGCCUACCGCCUGCGCUACCACGCCAUGUGCAGAGUUCUCUUCCCCCACGACGACGACGACGAAGAUGAGGAUGAGGAUGGGGACGAGGGUGGGCGCUUGUACGCGGGCGACCGGCGCCGGGCGAUGGCAUGA